GAAUUUUCUAGAAUAAUCGACAUGUGAUUCUUUUUGAUGCUGAUUGAUUUGUUUGCUUUGUUUUGAAAAUUUAAAUUUUCCAUCAUCAAUAAUGAUUCAGCUCAAUCAAGACAAAGUGAAGGAAGAGCCAGUGGAUCAUGAAGAAGAAGAGCCAAUCAUUAACAACGAUAUUAUCGUUGCUUCGUAUAAUAUUGUUCGAUUGGAUCCGAGUAAUAAGAUCAAAACAUUUGCAUUGGCCGGACUAAGUAAUGUGAUUGGCAAGGAUAAACAUCGAUCAUCGAGCAACAUUUCUCCCUCUUGUAACAUAAGCAUUCGAACCGAUUCCAAAGAGCUCAAAAUCACACCCAAAUCACAACAGAAUCAGCGUUCAUCUUCAAUGAACAUUUUUACAACCAAAGAAUCUCAGCUUAAUCUGCGUCGUAUAUCGUUUGCUGUGAAAUUUUCCAGAGAAACAGGAAAAGCCUAUUUCCUACCGAUUAAUUCGAUGCAUACAUUGAGUCAUUUGGAUGAAAAAAAUCGUGAUAGUAACUCUGUUGAUUCACAGAAUUUAAUUUUCCAGGAUUGUUUCAAAAUACCACAUCCAACACGUAAUAAACAUGAUCAGUUACGUAUCGAAAUGAAAAGUCAUCUAUACAAACCUUUAACUCGAAUGAAUGAUCCAGAAAUGGUGAGAAAAUUUUUCGAACAAUUAUUCACAUCGAUGUCGGCAAGACGAUAUAAUUCGAAUGUCAAUGAUAAUGGUGGCCAACAACAACAAUCUUCGCGAAUGUUAUCAACAACAAUCAAAACUAAUACUAAUCGUGCACAAAGCUCCGUAAUGGAAUUGAUCAAUUGUCCAUAUUGGUUUCUGAGUAAAAUCAAUAUUUGUGAUAUAAAUCGUAUCGAAUUGGUUGAACUGAAAGUGGAAAUACUAUUGCGUAAAGUACAGGUAAUACGUUUCGCUGAAAUGAUCAUGUUAUUCCAUUCGAAUAGUUUGGAUCAUCAUUCCAAAUUAUUGAAUACAUUACAAAGUAUCUGCUAUUUGAUCAAUGGCAAUUGGGUCAUCAAAAGUCAUCUUCUAUAUAAAUAUGAUACCAUUCAUGAUGGUGAUUCGCGACAAUUGUUAAUGAAACGAAUGAUUGCUGCUCGUGAAUAUUUAUUAUGGCAUUUUGCCCAUCAAAAACCAUUGAAAAUGAUCGAUAUAAUUGAUAAAUUCAAGAAAAUUGCCGACUAUGAACAAAUAUUGAAUAGAUUGACCAUACGUAAUGGAUCUAUGGUCGAAAUUAAUUUUAUACUUGAACCAGAUUCAUCUUUUAUUACAACAUAUCCAAUGAUUUCGAAAAAACAUCAUGAUCGUAGCCGUGAUCAAUUGGCCAACAAACUUAAUGAACACAUGGCCAUUUUGAAUUCAUGAUCAAAGUAAUAAUAAUAAUAUUUUUUCAACAAAAAAAUUUCUAAAUUCAUUUUAAAUUAAGUUAAAUUAAAUUUAUGGAUUGUAUGUAUAUACAAGUUAUCCAAUUCUACAAUUGAA